AUGAACCAGGAUGGCUCGCAUGUCAGUAUUCCCACGUCAGAAUUUCGAAGACUCAACAAAGCUAGAGAGGAUGCUCUGAUAGAAGACAGUAUACGCACAGUCCGAGAUCAAGAGCGACGGACUAUUGCGCGAGAGAACGGAAUUGAUGUGCCGGUGCAUAGUGAACCGUACUACAGCGGCUUGAAGGAGGAGAAAGCUGUGGAACAACUAACAACGAAACAGGCAUUGAGUUUGGAAAGGGGCUUGGAGGUGGAGAGGGUGUGGAUGCGGAAGCUUGCUGAUUGGAGGGAAGAGGCUGAGGGUGAUGCGAGAAGGCCGUUUCCGCUCAUCGUACCGGAUUACAAAGAUCUGCAAGAUUGGGAAUUGGACAGAUUAGAAGGAGAUAUCAUGUUGCUGGACAGGAUUUUCGCGAGCCUUGAAGAUGCCGCUAGCGCUGGUCGUACUACGUCGAGCAGCGAGAACAGCAAUAUCAAGCUCUCCGAAGACCCAAAACGAUUGGCAGUCAGGAACGAGGAUUUGAAAGCCGUACAGCAACGAGAAGUAGAACGACAAUACCUCGCUCUCGUGGCGGAGGCACAACGGCAAGCACGUGUCGAGAACACACAGUUUCCGGAAGGCUUGCGAGGCUGGGAUCAAAUUGGACCAGACGAACAGGAACUUGUUCGAUGGGCAAUCUACGCCAAUCAGGUCAAUGAUAUAUCAGAGCAGGCAAGAAGGAAAACCCCGACUGAUAGACCUACUAUAUUUGCGUUCUCCCCACAGGACAGCAUAGCCAUCCCUAAAGGUGCUUCUACCACCGAUGGUAUCUCAAAUAGGAAGAAGUGCCGUCUCGUUUCUGAAACUAACAGUCGACCUCGGCCUAUCACCGAAUCACAGCGGGCUGAUAGGUCAUUGGAGGAGCAGGAGAGAGACGAAUACUACGCCCAUUUGAAGCAGAAGUUUGAAGAUCAGAAGUGGGUAGAAAUGGUCUAUAACGUUGAAGUAACGAGAUACAGUAUUUUGUAUACUGGAAGGAGAUGGCCAGACGACGUGGCGAAUUGGGAAACUAUUACCCCUGCAGCUAAAGCAAUGGUCUUGGAAGUGACAGAAUAUCUUACAUUGAAAGAGGAGAUCGAGGAGUCGAGUGCAGAAAACAAGUAG